AUGUCAGCCAGGCCUAUUGGGUGGAUAUGUGGGCAGGUGUUGAUGAACGUUUCUGGAAGAAUCAAAGGGAUCCAGAGAGUCAUCAUCGACCUUAUAGAUGAGUUUAAAGAUGAAUUCCCUACCAUUCUAAGAGUAUCGCAGAGUAAUAAGAGAAGAGACACCAUCCAACAACCACCAAAUGUAAAAAUGUCCGUCGUAUUAGCCAAGAUCAACAGAGGAACCUUAAUUCAAGGGUUGAGCAGCAUAUCCAGAUCUUCCAAAUCAGUGGCCAAACUUCUGAAGCCUCAACUUGCCUGCAGAGUUUCCGAGUUAAUGGAAUUAUCUCGUCGUCUGCUCAGGGAAGUUAAUGCACCAAAACAACCCUUAUAUAAUGUCAACGUCAGAAAAGGUUCUUUGUUGGAAAUAAUCUCCUUUCCAGCAAAGACGGCCUUAACUAGUAUAAUGUGUGUUUCAUAUGCGGUGCUAAUUUACUUGACAGUUUGUGUCAACGCCGUGCUGGUGAAAGUAAAGAAAAUAUUCCAAGAAGAAGAGUCCAUAAGGCAAAACAGAGAGAGUGAAAAGCCUAGAAAAGCCUUUUCUGAGCCUGUGCUCUCUGAACCUAUGUUUCCUGAUGAAGAAAUCAAAGCGAAAUCUUACAGAUCCUUACCGGAGAAGCCAGAAAAUAUUUCAACUCAGUCCAAAGUUCCUGUCACUAACAUGUGUGAUAACAUCCAGGUUUUACAUUCUGUGUUUGACCAAUCAACUGAACUGAAUGAAUGAGCAGGGCUUAAGAGUUAUCUAAUGACAUUUCACCUUAUCAGACUGGGAGACUAGCUUUCAUAUUCUGACUAUUAUGUUUAAAAGGAGAAGA